CGGCGCGGGGGCGGGGCGGACGCAGCGCUGGGUAGACAAGCAGGCUGCGGGGACCCGAGCUGUGAGACCUGCCAAGAGGCGCGACAGUGGCGCUGAGGAACUGGAGGCUGGCAGGCCAAGGUCACACUAGCCAACCCUGCUGAACCUCAGUCCUGUCCCUGGUUGCGCGGGUCCAGGACCUGUGUGUGUGGUUCUGGUUUCAAGUGAUUCUGGCCCUCCUGCCUCAGCCUCCUGAGAGGGCAGAACUACUGGCAGACACCAGUUUCCCUCUGGCACUAAAGAAGAGCUGGAUCCAAAUUUCUACCACAGAGGGUCCAGCCAACCCGAGCUGUAGCUCAGUGGCCCAUGCCGUGAGCCAUCCCACUUCUGCCUUCCCUCCGUGGAGCUUGAAGCUGGGCAUGCUGGGGACCAUGCAGAGGGCUGGGGCCGGAGCCCGCAGGGCCUCCGACUGCGGGCCUGCACCUUACCGGCCCAGGUGCAUUGCCAAGUUUGCCCAGUACGUGGGAUCCUUUCCUGUGGACGACUUGGACACCCAGGAGGGUGUGUACCUUGUGCAGCAGCAGCUCUGGGCACUGCAGGACUGUUCCAGACGCCGCGCUGUCAUCCUGAAAUUCAGUCUCCAGGGUCUCAAGGUCUACAGUGGGGAGGGCGAGGUGCUCCUCAUGGCCCAUGCCCUGAAGCGCAUCCUCUAUGCCACCUGGUGCCCAGCCGCCUGUCAGUUUGCUUUCGUUGCCCGGAACCCGCGCAGCCCGGCCAGCAAGCGUUUCUGCCACCUCUUUGUGGGGAGCCAGCCUGGAGAGGUCCAUAUCCUGUACCUGCUGCUCUGCCGCUCCUUCCAGCUGGCUUACCUCUCACAGCACCCUGAGGAGAGGGCGCAGCCUGAGUCCUGCCUGGGCUCUGGGGGGGACAUGUCCCCGAAGCCGCUCUGCAGCCCUGGGGCACCCCCUGCCCUAGUGAGAGAGCCCUUCAGCCGGGAUCAGCUGUCACAGAAUGUCCACGCCCUGGUCUCCUUCCGGCGAAUUCCUGCAGAAGGGCUACUGGGCAACAGUGGGAAGGAGCUGCCAGAGCCCGAGGGCCGUGGGGGCACCCGUCACACUCGCCUGGGGAACCCCUACUGCUCUCCCACACUGGUGCGCAAGAAGGCCAUCCGCAGCAAGGUGAUCCGCUCCGGGGCCUACCGAGGCUGCACCUAUGAGAUGCAGCUGCAGCUCUCAGCCCGGGAGGCCUUUCCAGCUGCAUGGGAGGCAUGGCCCCGCAGCCCUGGUGGCCCCUCGUGCCUGGUGGAGAAUGAGGGUAGCCUGACAGAGAACAUCUGGGCCUUUGCUGGCCUCUCCAGGUCCUGUGCUCUUGCCCUGCUGCGGAGAGAUGCUCAUGGGGCCUUCCUGCUGUGGCCAGAGCCAGGUACCGGUGACCAGUGGAGCCUGUCUGUACGGACCCAGUGUGGUGUGGUGCCUCACCAGGUCUUCCGGAACCACCUGGGCCGGUACUGCCUAGAGCACCUGCCAGCAGAGUUCCCCAGUCUGGAGGCCCUGGUGGAGAGCCACGCCGGGAUGGAGCGCAGCCUUUUCUGUCCACUCAGCAUGGGCCGUCUCAACCCCACCUAUGAAGAGCAAGAUUGUGGUCCUGAGGGCAGGCUCCCCCGGACUCUGCGGCCCCUCAGUCAUGCCAAGUCCGAGGCAGAACUGCAAGGCCUGGGCUAGGACGCAAGGCCUCAGUCCCCUGUGGGCCCAGCCUUGUCUUGGGCCCUGGGCUGCGGCAGUCACUGUGCCCCUCUUGCACCCCACUCACUGGUCACCAGCUUCAAACAGGUCACUCUGCCCCUCGAUCAGCCUUCCAUCACUUCCCUGCCCAUGGGAGGGGAGCUCUGAGGUUGGAGAUGGAGAUCCCAGGGCUUCUCCCAGGACCUAGGGCCAGCUGAGAUACCAGGAUGAGCAAGCGGGUAGAGCUAAGGGUCUGGCAACUCGAGGUGACUUUGGGUGGUGCCCAUUGUCAGGUUCCCACUGUCCUCCUAGUGCAGAGGCUUUCCCAGCAGUUCGUGGAUGUGGGCACAGCCUUUGCUGGAGGCAGCUAAGGCUCUGUUGGAGGGGAACCCCAGAGAGCUCCCACAGGGAACUUAUGCUUAGGAACAGAUGCUUAGGGAGUUGCAGGUUGGCCACCUCAGCUCAUUUCUGGGUAUCACUCCACCGCGUGGCCCCUGCAGUGAGCAAACUGCAGUUCGGCAGCUGCUUUGGGAAGCCACCUCAUGCUGGCCUUAACACAGUGCCGACCACUGGGCAUGGCUCGCACUGGCCUGCUCAUCAGCAAGGCAGCCCCCCUUGCAACGGAGAACUAGUUAGUACUAACCAAGCCCCACAGAGGAGGGUGUGGCUUUAUCAGGGGGAGGUCCAGGGACACAUUCUAGAGGAAGGCAGUGGCCCAGCCAGCAAUGACAAAUCCAAGUGUCCCUUAAGUCAACUCAGCAUAAUGUAUGAAUCGACCCAAAAAGAUCAGACUUCUUAAUCAGCUGGUGGUGGCGCACACCUUUAAUCCCAGCACUCAGGAGGCAGAGGCAGGUGGAUCUCUGAGUUCGAGGCCAGCCUGGUCUGCAUAGUGAGUUCCAGGACAGGCAGGGCUACACAGAGAAACUCUUGUCUCAAACAAGCAAACAAAAAACAACAGACUUCUUUUGGAAGCAGAGGUGUAGGCACAGGUGGGAGAGGAUGUCUGUGUUCAGUGCCUUGAAGGCCACAGGCUUUGGUGGAAGCCACAGGUUUGGGGUUUUGGAUCUCAAGAGAAGUGGGCAGCCUCUACAGAACAAAGAGAAGACAGACCUGGGAGGAAGAGGCAGGCCAGGCAUGGUGCUUCCGGCUUCCAUCACCCCUGCCACACACACACACACACACACACACACACACACACACACACACACACACACACUAGGAUAAGCCCUUAGUUACGGACAUUGUCAUUUCUUUCAAGUGACAUGUCUCAUGAGAGAUGGAGAGAAAGGACAGGAGAUAACACACACACACCCAAACUGAAUGUGGGUGAUAUUCCAUGGCCAUUCCACUGGCAUUCCCACUCCCCGAGUGGGGCCUGGUCCCCAGUGGGAACAGAGGGAUUAACAUAUCCUGUGCCUAGGAUUUCAGCCCCAGAAAGUUACACCUAAGGAAGGCUGUCAACUGACUGGUCCAGACUUCGGGCCAGGGCUCACCUCCAGGAGGGUGUCCAUAGUGUGAACUGCCGAUGUGUACAAUACCAGGGGAUAUUCAAUACCAGGGGAUAUUCAACACGUCCAAGGGACCAGCCUUCCCCAGGCCCUUUAACGUUUCUUCCAAACCAAACAGUUUGGAGCCCAUGUGUUCAGACUGUGUCUUAAUUGUUCAAACCGUCAUCAAGCCCCCCUGUGUGGACUUCAAGAGAAAUAAAACACAUUUCUUCACA